ACAAGCAAAGUGCCAGUCAGUAGCGCGAACAGCCCCGAACGGCACACACGAUGGUCGCGCCUAAGCACGCGCUCGCCGCCGCGCUGCUGUGUGCUCUUGCAGGGCAACUCGGUGCUGGAGCUAGCCUGCAUUGCGCCAUGAGAAGAGAAAUCUCCCCGUGCACCUGCCGACGUGAGGACACCGGCACCGGCACUGUCUUGGUAGUCUGUCAACGCAUCAACGCUUAUGAAGAAAUCGCACGAGCUUUAACGAAUAAGUUCAGUACCGAAACUAAAAUCGGCCUGGACAUCUCUUACUCGCAACUUCCGGAUUUUGCAGAGCACAGCUUUCGCGAAUUGGGACUCUCAAUCACGAGGCUGAAAUUGAACUUUGACAACCUAAGUGUGCUAAAGGAAAGCGUCUUUACCAAAUUGGAUUUGGUGGAUUACUUCAGCUUAGCAGACAACUCUUUGCCGGAGUUACCAAGGCAUGUGCUUCAGCACCUGCCUCACGUAAAGACACUCGAUCUCUGUAGGAACAAGAUAACUAAGCUCACCGAAGAAGAUUUCCGGGAUAUUCAAGAAUUGGAGCAUUUGUUGGUCGCUGACAAUCAAAUAUCAGAAAUAGAAAAAGACGCGUUGCCUAAGGGGUUAAAACAUGUACAUCUAGGAAUCAAUAAAUUAAACACAUUGAACGGAGCUCUCAGAGAUUUGGAUGAUCUAGAAUGGAUUUUUAUCAAUGCCAAUAAUCUAAAAUCUAUUGAGAACGAAUUACCCACAAAAGCCAAAAAAAUGCAACUUAUUCAUGCAGCACACAACGAGCUUCAAAGUUUACCGAGCGAUUUAAAACUAAUGCCAUCGCUACAGUCUUUGUACUUCUAUGGAAACAACAUUAAAUCUCUGGACGAAACUUUGCAAAAAUCAAGAAAUCUCAUGAGAAUAGGACUUUCAUUCAAUAAAAUCGAAUUUUUGACUAAAGACGAUUUCACUGAAGCAGAAAAGUUAGCUGAACUAGACAUCGCAUACAAUGAACUGAAAUAUUUGAAUGGCUCCUUGAGAAGUUUAAAAUCAUUACGAUACUUGAACUUGACACACAACUAUAUGACUGAAUUUUCAUUGCAAGAAAUUAAAGGUCUCAGAAGACUAUCUGUGAUAGAUCUUUCCCACAAUCAAAUAAGUCUUCUUACCGGGAGCUUGGAAAAUUUAGUAGAUGUCGAAACACGCGUUUUGGAGUUGCGAUUAGACCACAAUCAUAUCUUCAAUUUAGGUGGAGCGCUAAUGGGUCUUCACGGUUUAUUGCGACUUAAUUUGAGCAACAAUCUCAUUCAAAAAAUUUUACCGGAUGACCUUUUAGGUCUAGAAGACUUGAGGCUACUUGAUGUCUCGUACAAUCAUAUUACAACUUUAGAAGAAACGUCGAAGACAUUCUUGCCGUCACUUGAAGAGUUGAUAGCACAUCACAAUAACAUAACAGUCCUGGAUAAAGAUUUUCAUGGAUUGCCGUCACUUUGUUCUGCUGAUCUAUCGUUCAACAAAAUCCACACAGUAAAUUAUGACCUAGUUUCGAAGUCACGAUGUACCAUUAACGGAGUGCCUAGUAUUUUGAAGAUUUAUCUUCAAGAUAAUCCUGUGUUGUGCGACGACCAUCUUUACGAACUGGUGACAGUAUUUGAGAGUCUGAAUGCUCGUGUUAGUGGAGCAUCUACCUGUGUCGCCCCACAAACCACGGCGCCAAUUUUGAUGCGGGCUCUCAACGAUAUUGGGCCAAAGAAAGAAAAUUCACCACUAAUCGUUGUGGCACACAUGGUCCCUGAUAUUCGUUUGGCGCCGCAAGAUAAUUUAAAUCAUGAAACUGUAUCGUCUGCAAUUCCUCAAUUUGUAUACAGACGAGUUAACCCUCUGUACCGCCAUGUACUGCCAGAUCAAGAAGAUGGAAUAUCGGUAAUAGCAGACCCUCCGUUAACGUUACCAUCUACAAAUAGGAAAGUUGUCGUAAAGUGGCCAGAAGAAACCAGAAUUGAUAAACCCUCGCAUCCUUUAGCUGACCAAAUGCGUCUGCGCGAACUCAACGAAUCACCACAGUGAACUUUGGCACAAAUGGCGCCGUGUUGCUUUAAAGUCGACGCCAUCGAACUGAGUACUUCGCCUUCGGAACAAAUAUAUACUGCUCUACAUAGAAAAAUGGGCAAGAUGUCUUUAAUUAGGGCAGGCGAAGAUGAAAUAACUAUUAGAUUAAACCUAUUAAUUUAAAUACAUUGUAAAUAAGAAAUUCUGUGUAGUCGGUUCUAUUUUCGGUAAAUCUGUUUUCCGCAUUAUAAUGUUUAUGAAUAAAGCAAAUAGUAUGGACAUCAACCAUUUUAAAAAUUGUUUUCCAGGCAAAGACAUUUACAAUUUUAUUGGUUAUGCCCGAUUGACAUUCUUGUGUCUAAGAAUUAUGCAUAUUAGUGUAGUAUUGGAGAACAAUAAAAUAAAUAUUGAAUAAUAUUAUAUUCAGUGUUAACAGUAAUAAAUUUGCUGUUUAAGUGGCUUUGGACCUGAUAAUAAUACUCAUAAAUAUAACUGUCAGUACUUUUCACAGACAGUUCGAUUUAAAGAAGUGUACAACUAGUUUAAUAUUUUGUUUAUUUUAAAGUAGAUAAGAAUCUAUUUUAGUAUUAAUAUUGUGAUUACUAUUGUCGUGGAACAAAAUGUAAAAUAACCUAGACAUUGUGAGUUAUAUUAACAAAAAACUAAGCCAAUGUAUAGAGCUGAUAAAAUGUGUGAUUGUAAAAACAUUUUUUCAUCAUUUUUCUGAAUUGUAUACAUUCUAAAGAUAACAAUCCUACAGAUGUAUUUACAUUUUUCUAACGCUAACAUCAUGUUUCAAAAUAGGAAAUGAACAAAAUGAAAAUGAACAAACUACCUAACAAACUUUGAUUUUGAUUUUGACUAAUUUUGCAUGAACCCGGAACAAACUAUAUCUAUCUUGUUUUCAAAGAAAUUAUGUAUUAUAAUCCGUCUCAUUCUACUGUUAUCUGUAAACAAUUUUCGUCAAAUAUGAUAUAGCAAAUGCACUGCACACUUUGUGCAAAAAUUGUAAAAUAAACUCUAGCAGCAGUCACCAGACAAUGAAAGUGCCUAAAACAAACAAGUGAUAUGAAAACAAAGACAAAUAAUAGUGCAUAUUAUAAUUAUUUAUUUGCUCUUUGAUUAUUGCAGGAUCAAUUAUUUAAAACAUAUUCAAUUGAUAUAUUUUUGAAUACUCAUCUGAAAUGUUGCCCUUUACCUAAUGUGUUUGUUUACUAGACCACCGCAACUUAUUUUAAAUUUAAAUGAGUUUUUUUUAAAUCAUUAUCAAGCUAUUUGUAUACAGCCAUAUUUUAAAUUUCAUGAAAGGUAUUCUUUGCAUUUGUCAUCAAGCCUUAUAUCAAUUUAAUAUUGUCAGCUUUUUCAAAUAAACCCAUUUUAUUCAAUAGUUAUAAGUUUCACAUUACAUCUAGCCAUCUUAUUAUUAGUAAAGCCAAUGUGUAUAAACGAAAUGUGUUCUAAAAUAACAGAAAUUUAAUAGAUAUUAUUUCUAUGAACUACAAUUCUGUUAGAGUAUUUAAAUUUUGUAAAAUAAUACAUACUAAU